AUGUCUCACGAAGGUCAAGAAGAGUUAUUAGAUUAUUCAGAUUCUGAAGAAAUUGCUGUUUCAACCACCACUCAAGCUUCUGGUGAAGGCCAAUCUAAUGAUAAAGAAAGUGAUAAGAAAGGAUCUUAUGUUGGAAUCCAUGCCACUGGUUUCAGAGACUUUUUAUUGAAACCAGAAUUAUUGAGAGCAAUUGGGGAUUGUGGGUUUGAACAUCCUUCUGAAGUCCAACAAGUUUGUAUUCCUCAAUCCAUUUUGGGAACUGAUGUUUUGUGUCAGGCCAAGUCUGGUUUGGGUAAAACUGCUGUUUUUGUAUUGUCAACAUUGCAGCAAUUAGAUCCAGUUCCAGGUGAAAUUUCCACUUUGGUUAUUUGUCAUACCAGAGAAUUGGCCUAUCAAAUCCGUAAUGAAUAUGCCAGAUUUUCCAAGUACAUGCCUGAUGUUAAAACUGAUGUGUUCUAUGGUGGUACCCCAAUUAAGAGGGAUAUUGAAAAAUUGAAGAACAAAGAUACUUGUCCACAUAUUGUAGUGGCAACUCCAGGUAGAUUACAUGCUUUGGUUGAGGAGAAAGCCAUCAGAUUGAACAAUGUCAAGUCGUUUGUUAUUGAUGAGUGUGACAAAGUUUUAGAGUCCAUUGACAUGAGAAGAGAUGUGCAAGACAUUUUCCGUGCAACUCCUCAUCAAAAGCAAGUUAUGAUGUUUUCCGCCACAUUAUCUCAAGAUAUCCGUCCUGUUUGUAAAAAAUUCAUGCAAAACCCAUUGGAAAUUUAUGUUGAUGACGAGGCUAAGUUGACCUUACAUGGUUUGCAACAAUACUACAUAAAAUUGGAUGAGAAAGAGAAGAAUAGAAAAUUAUCUGAUUUGUUGGAUUCCUUGGAAUUCAACCAAGUCAUUAUUUUCGUCAAGUCCACCAGAAGAGCAAACGAAUUGAACAAAUUGUUAUGUGCUUGUAACUUCCCAUCGAUUGCUGUGCAUUCUGGUUUGCCACAAGAAGAAAGAAUUGAAAGAUAUAGAUCUUUCAAAGAAUUCAAUAAGAGAAUCUGUGUUUCAACUGAUGUUUUUGGUAGAGGUAUUGAUAUUGAGAGAAUCAAUUUGGCCAUUAACUAUGACUUGCCAAACGAAGCCGAUCAAUACUUGCAUAGAGUUGGUAGAGCUGGUAGAUUUGGUACCAAGGGGUUAGCUGUUUCUUUUGUCUCUUCCAAGGAGGACGAAGAAGUCUUGGAAAAGAUUCAAAGCAGAUUUGAUGUUAAAAUUACUGAGUUCCCAGAAGAAGGUGUUGAUCCAUCAACUUAUAUGAACACUUGA